GUUGCAGAGUCGCACACAAACACCCUCUACCUCUAUAACUAAAAGCACAACUUUCGAGACACCCUCUCCACUAAAACCCUAACUUGAAUAAUAAUUCACAACUUACCACUGCGAUUCAAUUGAAUUGAAGCCAUGGACAUAGAAGAGAAGCAAGCAGAGCACAUCGCUCACUUCGUUCAACAAGCUUCCAUUCUCAAAGGCGCUUCUCUCUCUAAACUCAUCGUCGAUGCCACUUCUCACCCCUCUCUCUUCGCCUUCUCCGAGAUUCUCGCUCUUCCCAACAUCCUCGAGCUUCAGGGAAUGGAGAACUCUGCCUACCUUGAUCUGCUUCGUAUGUUUGCACAAGGCACAUGGAGUGAUUACAAGAGAAAUGCUGAUCAUCUCCCCCAGCUGGUGCCUGAUCAAGUGCUGAAGUUAAAGCAACUAUCAAUGCUCACACUAGCGGAGACAAACAAGGUGCUGCCGUAUGAUUUACUGAUGCAGGAGCUGGAUGUCACAAAUGUGCGUGAACUUGAAGAUUUCCUAAUUAGCGAGUGCAUGUAUGUGGGCAUUGUUAGAGGAAAACUUGACCAGUUGCGGAGAUGUUUUGAGGUGCAAUUCGCAGCAGGAAGGGAUCUCAGACCUGAACAGCUUGGUAGCAUGAUACAGACAUUGUCUAGCUGGUUAACUACGUCGGAAAAUCUUCUUAGUACUAUCCAAGAGAAGAUAAAAUGGGCUGAUUCCAUGAGUGAAUUGGAUUUAAAACACAAAAAGGAAGUUGAAGAAAGGAUAGAGGAAGUAAAGAAGACUCUUCCCCACAAGUUAAAACCUAUGAGCAGGCAGAGCUGGAAUUCCGGGGGCAUGAGGAAUUUUUCUCUGAAUCUGGUGGAGUGAUGGACUACGAUGAAGACAGAACUCGACCCAAGAGUUGGGAAUAUCGUGCAGGAGACGACAUCCAAUGGCAUGAAGUGUAGGGAGUAACCAGGAAUGAGUAUCUAAAAUAUAGCCAGUUUUUUGCCUGUGGCUUCCAGCAACACAGUGGCCCAGAGAUAUAGUUUUACCUCAAAAAGUUCAUUAGUAAUUUCACAACGACGGUCCAAGUUUCUAUUGCACACUAUUGAUAUGACUUGCGACAAUGAUUUCUAUGGCUGAUAUUGGUGUUGGACUGUUAUUUCUUUUAAAGGAGGGUUAUUGUUGAUAUUCUGUGAAUGAUGCUUUAGUUAUCAAUCUAUGUUAAGAGGUAUUGAGAUUUAAUUGAUGUUCAGCUUUGUAUAAUUUCUUGAUAUUUCAUCGUGUAUUGAUGCUGUGUGGACUUGACAUCUGCACACAGAUAUCAGUCCAUUGCCUUCUCUUUUGUUUCUGGUACA